AUCCGCGUUCCGUAUAUUCUUUCGUCCGAGUCUAGUCCACGCUCGCGAAACUGCUCCACGCCAGUGUAAACGUACAGCAAGAGAUAAGAAAAAAGGAGAACGAUAACACGGGCCGUAUCUGCAGACACCGUGUUGUACUUUUUCUCUGAACACGUGCGAGUUUGACAACAAACUUGCGGAAUACAGCGCCGUUCAACAUAGUGUCGAAGGGGAGAUAUUGUUGGCGAUACGUGCGUGGCCGCGUGCGUGCGUGCGUGCAUGGAAGAGAAAAACGAACGCAGAACCUCGAGGUACAAAGGAGAACGAGGAGACGGAGCAAGGUGGCUCCGCUAACGGCACGAGCGGCGGUCAGAAAAUGUCGAGCGCCGCGGACAGUCCUGAUGGGAUGGCUUUGCAGUCGCACUAUUCCUUACGAUGGAACAAUCAUCAGACGCACAUACUUCAAUCCUUCGAGGCGUUGCUACACGCGGAGAUGCUUGUCGACGUGACCCUGGUCUGCGCCGAGACCAGCCUCAGGGCGCAUAAGGUUGUGCUUAGUGCCUGCAGCCCAUUCUUCGAAAGGAUAUUUGCCGAGCACCCCUGCAAACAUCCGGUGAUCGUGCUAAAGGACUUUCCCGGUCACGAAGUAGCGGCGCUGAUCGACUUUAUGUACCGUGGCGAGGUGAGGGUAGGUCGCGAGGAACUCGCAGGAUUGAUGAGAGCCGCGGAGAGUCUACAGGUGCGUGGAUUAGCUUCGUCGGAACCGAGGCCGACGUCGCCGCCGGAAACGCCGACCGCCGAUCUGUUGCUUGGCGAGCCGUCGACACCCGAGGGCGCGAGACAGGAAACUCCAGAGGAGGAUGACAACGUUUCGGAAAGCACGGCGCCGCCGUCCACGCGAGAAACGGUGCCGGCAGCGACAAACGCCAUUUUUCACCCUAGCAGAGACCAUCGCGAUAGAUCGCCGCACAUGGGCCAUCUGAACUUUGGGAUACGCGUGCCGCGUGACACUUGCGGAUCGCCGUUGCUACCUCGACGAAAACAGGCUAGGCCGCGUAGAAGAUCCGGCGAAUUGGUGCCGCAGGAUCUCAGUCGACCUCAUCCACCGCGGAGUCUUAGCCCGUUGGCGAGCGGAUUGAAUCUGGUCGGUGUUAAUCAACAAUCGCAACACCAACAUCACCAACAACCCUCCAACUCGAGCACGCAGAACCACCUACUACAGCAGGAGGAUAUAGCGGAGAAUCUUUCGAUGAAGAGAUCGUUGUCGCCCAGCGGAGCCGACCAUCACAACGUAAAGGCGGAGAGCAGCGAAGCGGCCAGUAGUCCGAGGGGAUCUCCGUUAACCGGCACGAGUCUGCUGCAUCCCGACGGUUCCCUCCAAGAUAUUCCGUCUGCUGCGGCAGCAGCGGCGGCCGCCGCCGCCGCGGCGGGCUUACCGACGAUGUCGGCCUUGUCGCUGACACCGCCGCAUAGCGAGUACCUGACGAGUCUGGGCCAGUUAGCGUCCCAGUGGAUACCGAAUCAAUCGCAGAACCAAUUGCCGCCUCCACCUCAGGGUCAUCAUCCGCGGGACGGCAGUCCUCUCGGUCCUAAUAGGACGCAUCCGUAUCAACAACAACAGCAGCAGCAACAGCAACAGCAGCACCAACAACAACAACAACAACAGCAGCAGCAGCAGCAACAAGAAUCUCCGUUGACACCGCGGCGAAGUUCCGUCGCGAACAUGUUCCCGUUGGACGGUGUCGCGUCUCUAGGUGGUGGACUGUUUCCUCACGCGGGUGCUCUCGACAGAGGAUCCCUUUUGGCGGAUCUUCACGAUAGCUUUAAACCGGAAACGUUGCACGGACUAUUCGGCGCGGCCGGUCUGAGCAGCCAUCAUUCGGUAAAAAAGCCAAAGAAACACAGGGGCGACGGUGACGUGGCGCGCAGAUGGGGAGACCACAGCCCUCGAGGGCUACCGGUGGGAAGGCCGAAAGGUCAGCACAGCGCACCCAGAGGCGGACCGCCACGGUCUUGGACGAACGCCGAGCUGACCGAGGCGUUGCAGCACGUUUGGAACAAGAAGAUGACCACGUCGCAAGCGAGCAGAAUCUUCGGUAUACCGUACAACAGUCUACUGAUGUACGUGCGAGGCAAAUACGGGAAAAGUUUGAAACUCGAGCAACUGAGAAGGGACUGCACGGGCUCGACAACGAGCGAAGUAGUAAUAAAUUCGUUGAACAACAACGUUAAGGCCGUCCAGCCGCCGACGCAGAUGAAUCAUCCGCUCGCCGGUCUACCGCCGCACCCGGGCGACGACGGUGUAUUUCCUCAUCAUUCGUUGCUCAGCGCUAAUCUAACACAGGGUUUCUUUCCUGAAUUUGCCGCCGCCGCCGCGUUCCCCGUGCCGGUUAGUAUGGUGCAUCUACUUCCGCCAAGCGAACAAAAGGCCUUCGAACCCGCGGCGAAUCCCGCUGGCACGAGUGGCUGCGGCAGCGGCAGCGCCAGCGGCAGCGCGAGUGGCAGCGCGAGUGGCAGCGCGAGCAGCAGCGCGAGCGGCAGCGCGAGCGCAAGCGGCAGCGGGGGCGGCGGUGGCGGCAACGGUAGCACAGGCGGCGAUCUUAACACUUCGCGGAGCAGUCGAACGCCAUCGCCGGUUGAUCAUCAUCAUCAUCAUCAUCAUCAUCAUCAUCGUCACCAUCAUCACGAAUCGCUACAGCCGCAACCGCCACAGUCGGCGCCCACGCUGCUUCAACAAAAUGGUUCGGAUUAG